AUGGCUCCAGGAGGCGAUGGCUCCAGGAGGCGAUGGCUCCAGGAGGCGAUGGGCGGUUUGCCCGCGCUGCAGAGCGACCCAGCCGACUGGGGCCCCGUGGCCUCCUGGGAGGUGGUCCCGCAUGACCCCAGGACCCCAGGACAGGUCCCCGUCCUGAAGACCUCUGAGGACCCACACAUAGAGCUGCUCUAUGUGGGGUCCAUAGAUCUGCUCUAUGGACCCCACAUAGAGCUGCUCUAUGGACCCCACAUAGAGCAGCUCUACGUGGGGUCUAUAGAGCAGCUCUAUGUGGGGUCUAUAGAGCCGCUCUACGUGGGGUCUAUAGAGCCGCUCUACGUGGGGUCUAUAGAGCCGCUCUACGUGGGGGUCUAUAGAGUAGCUCUACAGCAGCUCUACGUGGGGUCUAUAGAGCAGCUCUACGUGGGGUCUAUAGAGCAGCUCUACGUGGGGUCUAUAGAGCAGCUCUACGUGGGGUCUAUAGAGCAGCUCUAUGUGGGGUCUAUAGAGCAGCUCUACGUGGGGUCUAUAGAGCAGCUCUACGUGGGGUCUAUAGAGCAGCUCUACGUGGGGUCUAUAGAGCCGCUCUACGUGGGGUCUAUAGAGCAGCUCUACGUGGGGUCUAUAGAGCAGCUCUGCGUGGGUCCUCACAGCGGGGUCCUCGGCCCUCGGCCUGCUCCUCUUCAUCACUCUGCUCCUCAUGAUUUUUCACUACAAACCAAGGCUAUUCAGGAGCAAACCACUUCCCGACCCGUCCAAAUACUUCCAGGGUCGGUGCUCUCUCCCUGGACCCGGCCUGAAGACGUGGCUGAACCCCCACUCCUCCUCCAGGCUGUGCUUCAGCUCCUUCAGCCCCGACUCCUUCUCCCCGGUGGCGUAUCUCCCCCCCCUCCCUCCUCUGCCCCCCUGCUCCGCCCUCUCUGCUCCGGCUCCCCCGGUCAGUACCCUCCCCCCUUCUCCUACGUCUCCUCCUCCCCCUCCUCCCCCUCCUCCCCCUCCUCCUCCUCCUCCUCCUCCUCCUCCUCCUCCGACCCCCCCUCCUCCUCCUGUUUCUCUAACCUGACCUACGCCCCUGACGACGGUUCCCCUGACGACGGCCCCCCGGUGACGACCCCCACGCGGGAGCCCCAUCUGCUCCGCCUUCAGCCGCUCCACCUCGGGCCCUUCACUCCGGCCCCGGCCGCCUACCAGCCCCCCCUGCACCCCCCCACGGAGCCACAGAGCCCCGACUCAGGGAUCAGCGUGGGGCCCCAGUACCUGCCGGAGGAGGGGCGGGCCGGAGGCUGGGAGGAGCAGGGGGGGGUGAGGGAGGAGGAGGGGGGGAAAUGUUUGAACUCUUUGUGGGAGCAGGGCCUGAGCCGCGUCUUCCUCCUGGCCGCUCGGAGCUCCCCAGGGGCUCCGCCCUCGACCACGCCCUCCCCCCCAAGCCAACCCCCUUGGCCCUGGAGCCCCCCCCCCCCUGGACGAGGAGGAGGGUGAUUAUGAUGCUUAUGAGGAGGAGUACGACCUGAUGCCAGUAGGGGGCGCCAUGGGCCGGUCCAGCUCCAUGCCGGUGGAGCCCAGCAGUGGGUACCAUACCCUCAAAGACCUGCAGACCACCUACAGCAGCGUCUCCAUCUGACGGGGAGCGGCCACAGCGCCACCUGCUGGUACAGGCCCGGUACAGCUUGAUUUAAUAUGCAUAAACGCCGCCAUUUUAGAAGUAAUUGUAAUUGGUAUUUUAGGAUUUGACGUGACUACAACUCUCUCUUGGAAAAUGGCAGAACAAGUCCGACUGAGUGAGUCAUGUCAUGUGCUGUAUAUUUGCUACUUCAAAUCAAAAGUACUUUUCUUGUAGAAUUCAACGCAUUAAAGAUUACACAUAUAGCCACAAAGUGAGGAUCAUCUACACUCAACCUGUCCCUGUCUAUGACUCAGCUUAAUCGCUGGGGAAUUCUUUCUUUACUCCUUAAAGCAAGAAAUCGUUCGAGUUUAUUUUAUAAAAUGGUCAAAAAUGUCAUAUUUUUAUUGUUAUCUGUGAUUUGUUUAUAUGUGAUGAACAUUAAAUGUGAUGAUUCUAUCAAUUAUUUAGUUUAAGAAACAUGCGUUAAUCAUGUAUGGCAAUACUGGUCUUUCGUUUAUGUUAUUUGAUCAAUCUAUUUUUAGGAAUGAUUUGUUAAUUCAAAAUGUAGCUUUUAUAUUUAGAUUUAAAAACAGCCAACCAAAUAAAAAUAAUGUAUUGAUUGCAA